AUGGAAGUCGCUUCAGUUCAAGGCCACGUUUCUUCUUCCCAUCUUCCAUAUUAUAGAAAACCCAUUUGUUCAUCACAGUCAUCGUUGAUUCGGAAAUCUCCAGUUAAACGAUGUUGUUUAGGUCGUGUUUCGAAUGGCAUGGUGAGCUUGAGUACAUCCCUUCAUGCUGGUUCGAGAGGAAACUUCACGGGUGAAACAAGGUGUAAUGGUGUACAAUGGUGUAACCGCUCUUUAAGAUGGGAUCCUAACAAAUUUCAUGAUAAGAAAUCAUAUAGAUUAAGUGAAUUAGCGAGAAGUAUCACCGUGAGAUCGGAUCUUUCAGGAGCUGCAACCCCUGAAGCUUCUUAUCCGGAACCAGAGAUUAAGUUGAGCUCAAGACUCAGAGGGAUAUGCUUUUGUGUUGUUGCUGCUGUUUCUGCCAUUUUUCUCAUUGUCCUGAUGUUCAUUGGCCAUCCGUUCGUCCUUCUCUUUGAUCGCUAUAGGAGAAAGUUCCACCACUUCAUUGCUAAACUUUGGGCUUCCAUAAGUAUCUAUCCGUUUUACAAAAUCGACAUCGAGGGUUUGGAGAAUCUGCCAUCAUCAGACACUCCUGCUGUAUAUGUUUCAAACCACCAAAGUUUUCUGGAUAUAUACACACUUCUCAGUCUUGGCAAAAGCUUUAAGUUCAUCAGCAAGACAGGGAUAUUCGUAAUUCCUGUUAUCGGUUGGGCCAUGUCCAUGAUGGGCGUCGUUCCUUUGAAACGGAUGGACCCAAGAAGCCAAGUGGAUUGCUUAAAACGCUGCAUGGAACUCGUAAAGAAGGGAGCAUCUGUCUUUUUCUUCCCGGAAGGAACACGGAGUAAAGAUGGUCGGUUAGGUCCUUUCAAGAAAGGCGCAUUUACGGUAGCUGCUAAGACGGGAGUUCCAGUAGUUCCAAUAACGCUAAUGGGAACAGGCGAAAUCAUGCCGACGGGUAGUGAAGGUAUACUGAACCAUGGGAAUGUGAGAGUUAUCAUCCAUAAACCGAUACACGGAAGCAAAGCGGAUGUUCUUUGCAACGAGGCCAGAAACAAGAUUGCGGAAUCUAUGAAUCAGCUGAGCUGA